CUCCAGACUCCGCCGCCUCUCCGGCCCCCAUCUGUCCUCCUCCGCACCGCAGGCGACGACGGCGAGCCGUGCCUCCGUCUCCAGCCCUUCCCCUGCGGCCCCAUCGAGUUGCCACCCGCCACCGGCAACUCCACCCGCGGCGAGCUAGCCACAGCUCUCUGGAAGGUGCUGCCAACUUGGAAGAUGGCAGAUGAUGAACUAGCUCCAAGCUCUAAGAAGAGGGUUGCAGGUACCCAAAUCAACAAGGAUAAUCCUGAGCCUGAUGAUGACGGACCAGAACAGGAGAUGGGUACGUUUAAGAAAGCUACUGAGGAAGUAAUGGCAACCCGAAGAAUCGUAAAGGUUCGGCGCCAGCAGCCAUCAUCAGCUCCUUCUUCUAAUCCUUUCUCUGCAAUCAGAUUUACCCCCACGGAUUCUAGUGCUCAAGCAAGUGCCCCUGUUCCAGAGCCUCAGGCUUCAAAUGCCAAAGCUGAUGAGGGCAGCAAUGGUAGUGGGAAAGAUACUUUGUCUGUGCCGGACAAGAAUGCAGGCUCUGGUGAGUUACCUGAAUCAGCUGUAAAUACUGACUCUGGUGCCACAACUGAAGCACCACAUCAACCUGUUGAAACCAGUGACAAGGCAGAAGACACAAAGGAUGGAUCUGGUGGAGACAAAUUGGUGGUUGGGGAACCCAACAAUGGUAACAACAUGUCAUCUGAAGUUGAGGGAAAAACGAAAGACGGAGAUGCUGAAGAAAAGGGAGGGGCAGAUGUAGCUGAAAAUAAAGAUAAAAUUAGCAAGGAUGACACUGAGAAGAAAGAUGGAGGCGAAUCAGAGACCAAAAAUGGGUUGUCUGACAAGCAGAAAGAUGCUGAUAACAAAGGGCAGACAGCAUCAGCAACGCCCCUUUUCUCCUUCAAGAAUCUGUCGAGUGGUCAAAAUGCCUUCACAGGUCUGUCUGGAACUGGAUUUUCAAGCUCAUCAUUCUCGUUUGGCUCAGUCUCUAAAGAUGGCUCAAGCGCUGGUACCCUAUUUGGGUUGAAGACCGAUGGUUCUUCUGUGCCUUCCUUUAAUCUUGGUACUAACAACAACUCAGCGCUCGCUACAUCAGCUGAGACACCCAAGAAAUUUGCUAUGACAGAGGGCCCUGUUGAAACUGGUGAAGAAAAUGAGAAGGCUGUAUUCACUGCUGAUUCCGCAUUGUACGAGUACUUAGGCGGGGGCUGGAAAGAAAGAGGAAAAGGCGAACUGAAGCUGAACGUCCCUGUAUCUGGUGGUGAGAGGGCCCGGCUCGUCAUGAGGACCAAGGGCAACUACCGGCUGGUCCUGAACGCGAGCCUUUACGACGACAUGUCGCUCAAGGACAUGGACAAGAAGGGCGCGACGUUUGCCUGCGUGAACAGCAUCGGCGAGUCGCAGAGUGGCCUCACCACGUUCGCUCUGAAGUUCAAGGACACCGCCACCAGGGAGGAGUUCAAGGGCACGGUCGAGGCUCACAAGACGAAUAAAGCUCCCGACGCGCCGCUGAAGACACCCGAGGGCUCCCCGAAGGCCGCGGAGGUCUGAAGCUGCACCCAGGUCGCGCUUAUGCUUCUUUUGUACGUCUCUGUCCAGAAAGGAGCUGAGAGAUACUGUCUGUUACUGCAGAGUAUUUAAGUAAGAACGUCGGUCGUGUCGUAUCAUGCCAUGAUGUCCUGAUUUGGGAUUGCAUACGGUUCCCUGAUGCUGUUUCUGGAACAGCGGGGUAGCCUCUCAAACUUGCAUUAUUACAUUCUUAGUAACCUGGAGAAUGGUUGAUGGUUCUGUAUUGUGCUC